UUUUCCAAUGUAGCUGUCACUUUCUCCUUUCCUAUAUAUUCUUUCACUUGAACAAAAAAUCACCAUUUUCCUCAUAUCUUAAUCCAUUAAUUUGAGCCACUAUUUUAAACAUCUUGGACAUUUUUCCUCAUUUUCUGUUUAUUUGGAUUCUAGGAGGAACUGUGUAUGUGAAACUGUUGAGUGAGUGUUUUGUGGAGUUUUAAGGUGGAUAUGAUGGAGAAAAAGCAGCACAAGUUCUUGACUGUGGCUCCCUUUGAGUGUGCUUGGCAAAAGGAGUUUAAGUUUAAGGAGGCGGGGCGGGGUUGUGUGGUUUUUGAAGCUUUUGCUCGAAACGAUGUGACGGUGGUGUUUAGAGAGCAUGUAGGUAGUCAACACUAUCAUUAUAAGACGGAUAGUAGUCCACACUACACUAUUGUUCUAGGAAGCCAUAGGAAUAAGAGAUUGAGGAUUGAGGUUGAUGGUAAAGCUGUGGUUGAUGUAGAAGGUGUUGGGUUGUGUUCUUCAGCGGCGUUUCAAAGCUAUUGGGUAAGUAUCUAUGAUGGUUUUAUUUGCAUUGGAAAUGGAAGGUACCCAUUUCAAAAUGUGGUUUUUCAAUGGCUUGAUUCGAAUCCGAAUUGUAAUGUUCAAUAUGUUGGGUUGAGCAGUUGGGAUAAGCAUGUUGGGUAUAGGAAUGUAAAUGUGUUGCCUUUGACACAGAACCAUAUAUCCCUAUGGAAACAGGUAGAUUCUAGAGAGUACAAGGAAGAAGAGGAAGAUGAAGAGGAUUAUGAGGAGUCGAUGAGCAAUGAUAAAUGGGGGUUGGCGAAUUUUCUUGAGAGUUGGGAGCUUUCUGAUGUGCUUUUUAUUGUCGGAAUGGAGGAACAGCCUGUUCCAGCUCACAAGAUCAUUUUGGCGGCUGCUGGUAAUUUCUCCUUUAGUCCAGAUGAAGAUAUUAUCCAACUUCAAGAAGUUGGCUAUCCUAUCCUGCACGCGUUUCUUCAGUAUAUCUAUAGUGGCCAAACUCGGAUUACAGAGGCACAAAUUGGGCCUCUUAAGGAGGUUAGCUUGCGGUUUGAGGUCAUGCCUUUAGUGAAGCAGUGUGAUGAUAUCAUAGAACGCUUUAAAAUGAAUAAAAAGUUGUUCGAUUCUGGCAAGAAUGUUGAGAUUUGCUACCCAAAUUGUCAAUCACUUUGUCCCAAAAUGUUCCCACAUGGAAUCCCCAUCAAUGUGAGUAGACUUAAACGAUUCUAUUCAACUGGUGCCUACAGUGACAUGGAAGUUUAUGUUGGGGAUCACAGUUUCAUUGCUGGUGUCCAUAAAAUUGUUAUCAGUUUAUGGAGUGUUCCAUUUAUGAAGAUGUUUACUAACGGAAUGAGAGAGAGUUCUUCCACAAAAGUUUAUUUGAAAGAGGUUUCGCCUGAAGCAUUCAAAGUAAUGCUGGAUUACAUGUACAGUGGGGAGCUUACGGAAGAUAUCAAAAGCAAUGACACCUUGUUACUCCAUAUUCUUUUAUUGGCCGACCAAUUUGGUAUCACACUCCUCCAACAAGAAUGCUGCAAGUUGUUGCUAGAAUGUCUUUAUGAGGAUUCAGCAUGUCAACUACUUCAAGUGAUUUCAUCAGUUUCAUCUUGUAAAGUAAUUGAAGAAUCUUGCAAGAGGAAAGUCUCAAUGCAGUUUGAUUAUUGUACCACUGCUAGCAUGGAUUUUACGUCUUUAGAUGAAGCCACAUUUAAGAGCAUUCUUCAGCAUCCAGAUUUGACGGUAACGUCAGAGGAGAGAGUUCUGAAUGCAAUUUUGAUAUGGAGUAUGCAAGCAAAAGAAUCGUAUGGAUGGGAUGCUGUGGACGGUCUUUUAGAUCAAUCAUCUCCAGAAGUUCUAUUUGGCGAGAGGCUUGAUUCUUUGAACCGCUUAUUGCCACUUGUCCGGUUUCCUCUGAUGCCAUUGGACCUGCUAGAGAAGUUCGAAAAGUCUACUCUUAUGAAGUCAAUUCCCGUGUUUUCAAAUCUUGUGAAGGAGGCAAUAAAUUAUGCACACUUUUGUAUCACAUGGACAGAAAUUGAACCAAACCCACGGUUUCACCACCGGCGUUCUAGCUAUAAAGAGUUGCAAUACAUAUGUGAUGGUGACAGCAAUGGAGUUCUGUAUUACACAGGCACAUCCUAUGGGGAACAUUGUUGGGUUAAUCCAAUGCUUUCUAAGAAAAUUAGUAUUAGUGCUAGCAGUCCAAUGUCAAGGUUUACAGACCCAAAGGUUCUGGCAUCGAGGAGUUACCAGGGAACCUGUUUUUCUGGAUGUCGGUUCGAGGAUGGAAGGAUUUGCUCAUGGUGGAUGGUAGAUGUUGGUGAAGAUCAUCAGCUCAUGUGCAACUACUAUACAUUAAGGCAGGAUGGUUCGAGAACAUUUGUCAGACACUGGAAUCUUCAGGGCUCGUUGGAUGGGAAGCAAUGGACGAAUUUAGUGGAGCACAAGAACGAUCACAAAAUCUGUAAGCCUGGGCAGUUUGCAUCAUGGCCGGUGACUGGUCCUCAAUCACUGCUUCCCUUCAGAUUCUUUCGGGUAAUGUUGACUGGUCCGACUGCUGAUCCGACAGAGCCUUGGAAAUUUUGUAUUUGUUUCCUCGAACUUUAUGGCUAUUUCCGCUAGUAUUUGAACGUUAACGUAUAGAGGAUACAUAUAUACGUAUUAUAUACGGAACCUUUAAGAUCAUAAAAUGGUUUUCUACGCUCUCUUGUAUAGUAAAGUAGAAUUCUAAUCAAUGGGAAAGCUCCCGUUGUAUUUCCACAAUUUUUUGCAUCAUUUGUAUAAUUGUAUUGAAUGGAGAUAGCAUGUACAUUUCUUCACUCUGAUAUUGGUUGGAUCCUUAGCUA